AUUCCCCAACAAAAAUACAAAAAAACCUUGUGUUCAUAGCUCCAUUCAAUCAAAGUGUAGGAUUCUUGAAGAAUUUUCACAGAAAAACAGUGUGAUUUCAUGUGUUCUUGAGGGUUUGGUGUUCACAAAUUUACGUAUGUAAUGCAUCAGAAGAAAUCUGAAGUUCAGAUCGGAAAAGAUAGCAGUGGUGUCUCUUCCGAUUUCAACCCUAACCCGAUUAUUUCUUCUUCAGUUGGUAACAAUUCACCUCAUAAAUUCCCUGUUUUCCAAUCAACCCCUCAUUCGCCUUCUUCUGCUUCUUCUUCAUCGCCGUCGCCAUUUUCAUCUUCUUCGUUGUUGUUAUUACCGUCGCCUGAUAAUAAUAAUAAGAAUAAGAAUAAGAAUAGUAGUAGUAGUAAUAACAACAAUAAUAGUGAUGUUACAACAGCAGCAUCAAACCCUAACCCUAGUCAUCAGCAUCAGAUUGUAAUUGAUGAUGUUGAGUUCGAUCCAUUUGCUGCACCAACUCCUAAAUCAACACCUCACAAGAGACCUCUUUUUUCCCAAACAACAGCAACCUCUUCUUCAAACUCCCUCACCAAAUCACCUAUUUUGUCGAAUCCCCUAAAAAACUACACCUUUUCAUCGAAAACCCAUUAUUCUAAGCGGUUUUGUAACACGAAAGCGGCUGCAUUCCACUUUCUUCACCGUCUCCGCCACCUCCGCCGCCUUCGAACCCACCUCCGCUUAAUCCUUUUAUUGUCUCUUCCGUUUUUCUACUUCUUGGUUUCGCAUCCUAGUCACUCUUUCCUACUCGAUUUCUUAUCAGCUUUUGCAUUCUCGACUGCCCUCUUAUUUUCCCUCAAUCUUGCUCUCCCUCGCCUCCCCUCCAUUAGGUUGUUUCUUGCUAGGUCUUUCCCAAUUAAGCUGUAUUCGUCAGCCCAUUCGUCAAGACCCCACUUGCCGGUGUUUUGGUCAAUUGGGUCCAGGCAAAAAGGGGAUAAGAGGGCGAACUCAGGGUGUUGGGUGCAAGCAUACACCAAUGGGGAUGUAUAUGAAGGGGAAUUCCAUAAAGGUAAGUGUUCUGGUUGUGGGGUCUACUAUUAUUACAUGAGUGGAAGGUAUGAGGGUGAUUGGAUUGAUGGAAAAUAUGAUGGAUAUGGGAUGGAAACUUGGGCGAGGGGAAGUCGGUACAGGGGACAGUAUCGGCAAGGGCUGAGGCAUGGCUUUGGUGUGUACAGGUUUUAUACGGGAGAUGUUUAUGCUGGUGAAUGGUCGAAUGGUCAAAGUCAUGGAUGUGGAGUUCAUACUUGCGAAGAUGGUAGCCGUUAUGUGGGAGAAUUCAAGUGGGGUGUUAAACAUGGUCUUGGCCACUAUCAUUUCAGAAAUGGGGAUACAUAUGCUGGAGAGUAUUUCGCAGACAAGAUGCAUGGCUUUGGAGUGUAUAGUUUUGCAAAUGGGCAUAGAUACGAAGGAUCAUGGCAUGAAGGAAGAAGGCAAGGACUUGGGAUGUACAGUUUCAGAAAUGGGGAGACCCAAUCUGGGCACUGGCAGAAUGGGGUUCUUGAUGUCCCAAGCUCACAGAGUGCCAUGUCUCCUGUAUCACCGGUUGCUGUUUAUCAUUCCAAAGUGCUUAAUGCAAUUCAGGAAGCACGAAGAGCGGCUGAGAAAGCAUAUGAUGUAGGGAAAGUGGACGAAAGAGUUAACAGGUCGGUGGCAGCUGCCAAUAGAGCAGCCAAUGCAGCCAGAGUGGCUGCUAUAAAGGCAGUACAGAAACAGAUGCAUCACAGGAGUAACAAUGACGACCUUCCGAUUCCAAUGGUUCAAAACUUCCAUCAUCUGUCCACCCAACUCUCGGUAUGAGGCCCUAAUUUUGUUCUGGUGUCUUGUUUAGUUUUCAUGUAUGCAAUUUUAGUGGGAGAAGGAAAGAUGGUUGUGUUGUGUGUUUGCUUGUGGUUUUACAUGUAAAGUUAGGGUAGAUUAGUGGUGAGAUGCCAAUGGGAAGUUCAAAACUCAGCCUGGCAUUCUAUGUGUAUUAACAAAUAACAACUACUGCUACUACUGAUGUUAUAAGAAAAAAGUCCAAAUCUAA